AUGCCCCCGCACGCCCGCGGGCCCCCGCGCAGGCCCCGACAGCCCCGACGGGCGAGUUUGCCCGCCCGCCCGCAGCCGCCGCAGCCCGCGAAGGUGGUUCCCCUUAUAGUUGUCGGCGCGGGCCUCAGCCCACACACCGCGGGCCAGGGCCUGCGGCCGCGGGGGCCACGGAAGGCGCCCCUCCGACGGCCCCGGCAGCCAGACCCCGAAGCCUACCCCGCUUUCGGGGACGGGAGCCGAGCAGGCAGGGCCUUCCUUGCGGCGGCGGGGCCCACGCCGCCACCUCCGCCCCGCCCCCCGCCCGAAGAGGGCGCAGGGGCAGGAGAGCCGAAGCCGCCUUCCCAGGGGGCGAGGCCGCAACAACAGGAUGCCCGCGCACCGCCGCGCGCCAAGGCCACCGACCGGCCCCGACAGCGACCUUGCCCGCCGCGCCAGCCCGCAGCCCCCGAAGGUGGUUCCCCCACUAAUAGUUUGUCGGCCGCGGGCCCUGCAGCAAACCACCGCGGGCAGGGCUCGGACCCCGGGGGCCGCCGCCGCCGCCGCCCACAGCAAGGCCAAGGGCGGCGCUCGCUCCCUGCGGCCCCCGCGCUCCCAGCCCCGCCCGGCAGCCCGCUUCGCCACCCGCGGCCCCGCACCCAACCGCCUCUCCUUAUAGUUGGCGGCGCAGAACCGUCAAGCAACACGACCAGAGACAGGGCCUUCCAUUCGUCCGGCAGAGCGGGAGCCUGGCGGCGCUAG